AUGGCCGAUCAGGAUCCCAUUGAUCCAUCUAAGAUGAUUGGUGGUAGGCGUGCGAUGACUCAAAGCCACCGGAGGGAAAGGCAGAGCGGCCACAUCCCAAAGAGGGGUAAAGGUCGGAGGGGAGAUGGUUCAGGGAGUGAACAGGAGGCUUCUCAGGCUACACAGCCUAAAGAGUCGCAGGUGGUUGAUCCGAGCCAGCAGGUGGAGUACCUGAAUUAUCAGGAUCAGGUACACCACGAUGUGACUGAUGGUGGAUAUGACCAUGAUCAUAUACCACAGCAGCAGCAUGUAGGAGACGAUGAUGACAUUGCAGCAGCUGCUGCACCGGAGGUGUUACCUGUGGACCCUCUCUUUCCUGGUGGACCGGCAGACUUAUCUUUACUCCACUCUUAUGUCAGUCAUGUGGCGUUGCCACUUUGGUAUAAUUCAGAUAAUGUUCGUAAGCACCGUGUGGUUAAACCGAUUAAUCAUGGGGCUAAGAUCCUCACUCUCGAACGCCCAAAUGGGAAUGAGAAUUGGUUUUUGGAUCCGCUUAGGCAGAGCGGGUUACAUGACUUGGUUUACUUGGGGUACUCCACCGUGCCUCAUGCCCUGCUGAUGACUUUAUGCGAGAGGUGGCAUCCUGAGACCAGCACCUUUCACAUGCCCAUGGAGGAGAUGACUGUGACAUUGGAUGAUGUCGCAUGUCUCACGCAUCUUUCGAUUGAGGGGCGGAUGUUGAGUCAUGGGAAGAAGAUGUCGAAACAUGAGGGAGCGGAACUACUUAUGAGGCAUCUGGGUGUGUCGCAGCAGGAGGCGGAAAAGAUUUGCGGGCAGGAGUACGGUGGGUACAUUAGCUACCUGAGGUUGAGGGACUUUUAUACCACGUACCUUGGUAGGGCCAACUUAUUGGCUGGUACGGAGGAUCCAGAGGAGCUUGAGGAGCUGGCGAGGGUUAGGACUUACUGCGUCCGGUGUUACCUUCUCUACUUGGUCGGAUGCUUGUUGUUUGGCGAUAGAAGCAACAAGCGCAUCGAGUUGGUAUAUCUGACGACCAUGGAGGACGGCUACGCAGGGAUGCGUAAUUAUUCCUCGGGAGGGAUGACACUCGCUUACCUAUACGACGAGUUAGCUGAUGCGUGUAGGCCUGGAGAUAGAGCUCUUGGGGGGAGCGUGACACUGCUCACUCAACAAGCUAUAACUGUUCAAGCAGAUAACUUACAGCUUCCAUUAAUUGCUUAA